GUCGUUUACUUGUUUGACGCCAUUACAGGUUUUCUCGGAAUCAAUGCCAUUGUUGUGUAUUCAGGACAGACAGCUAAAGCAUGGUAUUAUAUCAAUUUACUAUUCACCGUACUUGUGUUUCUAGGUGGUUUAUCCGGUAUCAUUGGUUCUUUAUUUGCACAAAGAAGAUCCGCCAAAUUCUUUAGUAUUGUUGUGUGGGUGUGCUGUGUCUUGUCCUUUUUCAAGUACAUUAUCUCGUUAGUGCUGAUGAUUGUAUAUCGACAGAAUAUGAUGAAUACCUGUAUCCGAUCUGGAUUAGUUGGCAUUGGUAACUCGCAAUCGGGACUUGUGCCUACAACUAUUUCCACAGGCAGUUAUUAUACACCUGUGCGAUAUCCAGACACCAUGAAUUCAUUUGCUACUGAUCCCGAAGAUUGUGAGCGAUCUAUUAAAUUAAUGAUCAUUCUUUGGGGUGCUAUUAUCUUUGCCAUCCAAGUAUUACAGAUUUACUUUGCAUCAGUUGUGAAUGCUUAUGCAUCCCGAUUAAAGAGUGGUGCACGUCAUCACCGACUUCAUGAUCAACAAAUCAAAGACUUUGAAGAAUCUCGAUUCCACAUGUCCACUGUAUAUUAA